GGUAGUCAUCUGCGCCGCAGUCGGCUCGGCGCCCCCGCCUCCGCGAUGCCCCCCAAGAAACAGGCUCAGGCCGGGGGCAGCAAGAAGGCAGAGCAGAAGAAGAAGAAGAUCUUCGAGGAUAAAACUUUCGGUCUAAAGAAUAAGAAAGGAGCAAAGCAACAGAAGUUUAUUAAGGCUGUUACUCAUCAAGUGAAAUUUGGUCAGCAGAAUCCACGUCAGGUAGCACAAAGUGAAGCUGAAAAGAAACUGAAAAAAGAUGACAAGAAGAAAGAGCUACAAGAACUAAAUGAGUUGUUCAAACCUGUAGUUGCUGCACAAAAAAUAAGUAAAGGUGCAGAUCCCAAGUCUGUGGUGUGUGCAUUCUUCAAACAAGGACAGUGUACUAAAGGGGAUAAAUGUAAGUUCUCUCAUGACCUCACUUUGGAGAGAAAAUGUGAAAAACGAAGUGUGUACGCAAGAGAUGAAGAACUUGAAAAAGAUACUAUGGAUAAUUGGGAUGAGAAAAAGCUGGAAGAAGUAGUAAACAAGAAGCACGGUGAGGCGGAAAAGAAAAACCCAAAAACUCAAAUAGUGUGCAGACAUUUCCUUGAAGCUAUUGAAAAUAACAAGUAUGGCUGGUUUUGGGUGUGUCCUGGAGGUGGUGACAAUUGCAUGUAUCGCCAUGCACUUCCUCCUGGAUUUGUGCUGAAGAAAGAGAAAGAAGAGAAAGAAGAUGAGAUUUCAUUAGAAGAUCUAAUUGAAAGAGAGCGUUCUGCCUUAGGUCCAAAUGUUACCAAAAUCACUCUAGAAUCUUUUCUUGCAUGGAAGAAAAGGAAAAGACAAGAAAAGAUUGAUAAACUUGAACAAGAUAUGGAGAGACAGAAAGCUGACUUCAAAGCAGGAAAAGCACUGGUGAUCAGUGGUCGUGAGGUGUUUGAAUUUCGUCCUGAGCUGGUCAAUGAUGAUGAUGAGGAAGCAGAUGAUACCCGUUACAUUCAGGGAACAGGUGGUGAUGAGGUUGAUGAUUCUGUGGGUGUAAAUGACAUAGAUGUAAGCCUGUACAUCCCAAGAGAUGUAGAAGAGACGGGUAUCACUGUAGCCAGUCUUGAAAGAUUCAGCACAUAUGCUUCAGAUAAAGAUGAGAACAAAUUAAGUGAAGCUUCUGGAGGUCUGGCUGAAAAUGGUGAAAGAAGUGAUUUGGAUGAGGACAACGGAAGUGGGGCACAAGAAAAUGGGUCCAUCGAUGCCGUUCCAGUUGAUGAAAAUUUGUUCACUGGGGAAGAUCUAGAAGAACUAGAAGAAGAAUUAAACACACUUGAUCUAGAGGAAUGACAGCAAACAAGUCAAGGAAGAAAACUAGGUCAGCAUACUAUGAUCAGCGGAACUAAAAUUGAUGUUAAUUGUUCUACCACCUAGAAUCAACAGGAUGUUUACUUCCCUAUGAUGAUUCUGGAGGGCUACUGUCCUCCAAAAAAGUACUCUCCCUGCGUCUUCUCUUCUGACUUUGACUACAUCUCAUAGUAAGUUCAGAGUAGUUGAUGAUAAAUUGAAAGUGGUCAUUACAGAAGAUGAUUGUUGUUGUACUAUCCACUCUGGUAGGAAGUGUAACUGCUUCUCCAGCUUUUGGUUUUCAUUGGGCAUGUGUAAUUUCCAGGAACAACGAAUUCAUACUUAA